CAGAUGCGAAAUUUCGCCCCCAGGAAUAUUAUAACGUUCAGCCCGCCUACUACGUUGCACUGUCUGCGCGUUCGCUCCCUCCCUGCUCCCUUGCCGGCGAUCUCGUCGCCUCGUCUCCGAUUCCGGCGUCCAGCAUAGAUUUGGCGGGGGUAUCGGCUCAGGGUUCCGCGCCGGCGAUGAAGGAGAAGCGCGGGCUCGAGGACGCCGGCGGUGGCGGAGACGGCCGCCCUGAGGCCAAGCGGGCGCGCCCCCCGGCUCUGGCCAGUGUUAUUGUCGAAGCGUUGAAGAUGGAUAGUCUGCAGAGGCUCUGCUCAUCAUUGGAACCAAUUCUUCGUAGAGUAGUCAGUGAAGAAGUCGAGCGCGCACUGGGCAGACUUGGCCCUGCAACAAUCAGUGGAAGGUCUCCUCCAAAGCGGAUUGAAGGUCCUGAUGGAAGAAAUCUUCAACUCCAGUUCAGAACAAGGCUGUCACUUCCCCUUUUUACUGGAGGAAAAGUUGAAGGGGAGCAGGGAGCUGCAAUUCAUGUUGCUUUGCUUGAUGUUGGCACUGGUUGUGUCGUAUCCUCUGGACCAGAGUCAUCUGCCAAACUUGAUAUUGUUGUUCUCGAAGGUGAUUUCAACAAUGAAGAUGAGGAGGGCUGGACAGGAGAAGAGUUUGACAGUCACAGGGUGAAGGAGCGUGAGGGGAAGCGGCCUAUUUUAACUGGUGAUCUACAAGUUACACUAAAAGAAGGUGUCGGCACAAUUGGGGAGCUUACGUUCACAGAUAACUCUAGCUGGAUAAGGAGUAGGAAAUUCAGGCUUGGUUUGAGGAUUGCCUCAGGGUUUUGUGAGGGUGUUCACAUUCGUGAGGCAAAAACUGAAGCUUUUAUGGUUAAGGACCAUAGAGGAGAACUGUACAAGAAGCACUAUCCACCUACACUGAAAGAUGAGGUCUGGAGGUUGGAAAAAAUAGGGAAGGAUGGGUCAUUCCAUAAGAGGCUGAACAAAGCUGGAAUAUCUAUAGUUGAGGAUUUCCUUAGGCUUGUGGUUCGGGACCCACAGAAGCUGCGCAGAAUACUCGGAAGUGGUAUGUCAAACAAGAUGUGGGAAACCCUUGUGGAACAUGCAAAGACUUGUGUCUUAAGCGGAAAAUAUUACAUAUACUAUUCUGAUGAUAGCAGAACUGUUGGUGUUAUUUUCAACAACAUCUAUGCAUUCUGUGGGUUGAUUUCUGGCGAGCAAUUCUAUUCAUCUGAGAGUCUUGAUGAUAGCCAAAAGCUCUUUGCUGAUGCAAUGGUGAAGAAAGCAUAUGAUAAUUGGAUGUAUGUCAUUGAAUAUGAUGGUAAAGCUCUCUCGAACCCCAAACCAAAGAAAAGGGUUGCUUCCUCUGUUCAAGCUGAGACACAUCCUCCUCCUGUGAGUUGUCCUGCUUCAUAUCAACAGCACAUCUCUUCGACGAGCAUGCCAGGACCAUCACCAGCAGGCACAACUGAUUCUAUAGGGUAUAGUGUUGACCAAUCAGCAAUGCAUCCAGCUCAGCUUCAGAGUACAUCCGCCAAUAUCCAUCCACCGCAAUAUGAUGAUACGUUUUCAUUCUUACCGCCUAGCAUGCUGUCGGGGUCUGUUCAUGAAGAAACUGCAAAUGAUGCCAUGGGGCUGGAACUUGGCCAGUUGCAGCAAAUAAUUUCUCAGAAUCAGUUGAUUCAGCCAGCAAAUGUUGGAUAUGUUGAUUGGCCCAGAAACCGUGAUAGUCAGUAUGCUGAUGACUUCACCGAAGAUAUUCGCAUCAAAAGCCACGAAAUGCUUGAGAGCGAAGACAUGCAGCAGCUGCUCAGGGUCUUCAGCAUGGGUGGAGCUUCUAGCAGCUUGCCAGAAGUUCCGUACAACGCCCAGUCGUACAUGCCAUCUCCCUUACCAAACUUAGGUUUCGAAGGUGAGCGCAGCCAUUCCUCUGGCAAAGCUGUGGUUGGGUGGCUCAAGAUCAAGGCAGCUAUGAGAUGGGGAAUUUUCAUCAGGAAGAAAGCCGCUGAGAGAAGGGCGCAGCUUGUUGAGCUGGAGGAUUAGCAUCGUGGCCUACGUUGGUCACAGUUACAUGUUAAUGCUGUAAAUUAGUUCGUUGGCUCUCAUACCACCCUGAUUUUCAUUGAAACAAAUUUCUAAAAACGUACAACGACUAGUUCUGCUAUCUUGUAAAAAGGUGUAUCUCGCUUGCUUGUGUAACAUAGCCCAGCUAAUUCCAACAUCAGACUCGACCUUAUGCCUGUGUAUCUUAUAUUUCAUGCUCUUUUGUGCAGAA